GAAGAAGAAGGAAGCGGAACCGGAAAUGAAACUGGGCUUUGCGACAGCUCAGCUCUGAGCGAAUCAAAGUGCUCUGGGUGGCAGCUGUGUUAUGAUGUUAUGAUUCUGCUAUACUGCUUUAUUACGAAUAGAAAGAGUUAGUAUCAAUACAGGGAGUGUGCAUGGAUAACAGGGCAAUGUGGACACGUUCUUCCACUCAUCGGAUGUGACUUCUGAAGGUACCGGCACCUUUCCUGCCUUGGAGCACAGAGAAUAAUCAAGAAAAAGGAGAUGGAAAAGAUGACUGCUCUCCCCUUGUCAUCAGCCACUACUUUAAGACUCUCAGAGAGAGACUGAAAGGAAGGAAGAGAAAAGGAUCGUCUGGAAUACAGGGAAGAGUGUGAGACAAAGAGAAAAACAUCCAAAGCUAUCAGCCACUUUAUAUAGCAGAGGAAAAUGGCUUUCUUGGACAACCCAGCCAUUAUUCUGGCCCACAUCAGGCAGUCUCAUGUGACCAGUGAUGAUACGGGAAUGUGUGAGAUGGUACUAAUAGACCAGGAUGUGGAUCUGGAGAAGUGCCAGCUGGCUCUGGUGCCUGGCAGCAGCUGUGGGUCAACAGGGUCGGAAUCCCUGAGCGAGGGAGGCAGCAGCGUGACAGACAAUCAUGCCUGUGACCUCUCCCAGUCCAUGGACAUCACCUCCAGCUGGGACUUUGGCAUCCGUCGGCGCUCCAACACAGCGCAAAGACUUGAAAGGUUAAGGAAAGAACGGCAGAACCAAAUCAAAUGUAAAAACAUUCAAUGGAAAGAGAGGUCGUCCUCCCAUUCAGUGGAUGAUCUGGGGUCCCUGUUUGAAAAACGGGACUAUAAAGACCGGCCGCGGUCAACAGGUACCAAAUCCACCCUUUCACUGCGGCUGGAGCAGUGUCCCCAGCAGCUCAACAACCCCUUCAAUGAAUACUCCAAAUUUGAUGGCAAGGGCCACAUUGGCACAACGGCUACAAAGAAGAUAGACGUCUACCUCUCAAUGCAGAUGGCUCAGGAGAAAUUGCAUCCGAUGACAGUGGUGACCAUCGCCAACGCCCGCGUCCACGACCUCAUCGGCCUCAUCUGUUGGCAGUACACAAGCGAGGGACGAGAACCCAAACUCAAUGAGAAUGUGACCGCUUACUGCCUCCACAUCGCUGAGGACGACGGCGAGGUGGACACGGACUUCCCUCCGCUGGACUCCAAUGAGCCAAUCCACAAGUUUGGUUUCAGCACUCUGGCCUUGGUGGAGAAAUACUCCUCACCUGGCCUCGCCUCCAGACAGUCACUGUUUGUCAGAAUAAAUGCUGCUCAUGGUUUCUCUUUAAUUCCUGUGGACAGUCUGAAAGUAACCAUGAAGGAAAUUCUCCAGAAAGCACUCAAGAAGAGGAAAGGCUCACAGAAAGGCUCAGGGCCCAUGUAUCGCCUGGAGAAGCAGACGGAGCCAAACGUCUCAGUAGACCUGGACUCGACACUGGAGAGCCAGAGCACCCUGGAGUUUUGCCUGGUCAGAGAAAACAGCUCCAGGGGCGAGGAAAGCUCAGAGGAAGACCCUCCUAUUGACAUCACCACAGUCCAAGACAUGUUGAGCAGUCACCACUAUAAGUCCUUCAAGAUCAGUAUGAUCCACAAGCUGCGCUUCACCACAGAUGUCCAACUAGGCAUUUCAGGAGAGAAAGUGGAGAUCGAUCCCGUCACCAACCAGAAGGCCAGUACUAAGUUCUGGAUUCGACAGAAACCCAUCUCUAUCGACUCGGACCACCUCUGUGCCUGUGACCUCGUAGAGGAGAGAAGCCCCAGUCAUGCAAUAUUUAAGCUCACUUAUCUCAGUAACCAUGACUACAAGCCACUCUACUUUGAGUCUGAUGCUGCUACCGUCAAUGAAAUAGUGCUAAAGGUGAACUAUAUCCUGGAGUCGCGGGCCAGCACCUCUCGGGCUGAGUACUUUGCCCAGAAGCAGCGGAAACUGAGCCGCCGGACCAGCUUCAGCUUCCAGAAGGAGAAGAAGUCUGGCCAGUAGAGAGGCUGAAGCUGCUCAGCCACCUUGUCCGUCUGAAUAUGAAUAAACAGACUCAUAAACGAGGCCUGACAGUGUCACACGCAGACGGCAUUAGGCUAACCAGAGGUAAGACUGACAGGAAAGUCAAGUCAGAGGAGACGGAGGCUGAAAAUGGACCAGGAAGACGCGUCUCUGCUUCAGCUGAACGAGCUGCAAGUCUGAGUAGGCGAAGUCCACGAGCAAAAACAAAUUCUUCUUCUUUGAAGAAUUGCGGGACAGAGUUGUGUCUACCGUGUCACCGUCAGUUCUCGUUCAUUCAACUCUGCCUCUGAAUAUAAGCUCUGUCCUCCAGGAUGGAUUCGUACAGCAUCAACAAGUCGGCAAUGUUCACACAACGAACAAAACAAAGCUAUAUGCUGAAGCUUUGCUUGUGUCCUCCAUCAACUGAUUCAACAUGAGAAGUCACAAUUGUUAUGUACUGUACAUAGACAUUUUACAUUCAGGAAAUGAAAUGAUGAUGAUUUAGAAAUGAAACAACCCAGUCUGUAAUUUUUAAAACCAGGAAGGACACCCGUCUGCCUUGAAUCCAAAUAGCAAAUCCUCAACAUCAUCUACACAGUGGCCAGUUUAUUAGGUACACCCAGCUAAAACUAUUGCAGUCUAAUACAACAAGACCUGCAAAUUGUGUGAUGUUAUACUGACAGGUGUUGAACCUUCUUGAUAUGAAUGGCAUGGACAAAAUAAUAGAAACACCUCUCUCUCUGUAUAACGCAAAUACAGUUCAACAGCCA